CACACUGAAUAGCGUUGAAAGUUUCUCCCCAGCGUUUCUACUUUCGGGUGGUAUCGGUGGAGCAUCCAGUUGAUGCAAACCUAUUAAAUCGCCCUUUUCUUGUCCCUUUUCCCUGUUCGAAUCCCUCUAUUUCGAAGGGAAUGAGCUGGCACCGCUGCAGCUGGUAAAUCAAGUCGCGAAUCAAAUGUGCCAUACGCGGUAUGGGAUACAGUCGAUACAAUGGCGUUUGUUUUAAGAAUAGUUUAGGUUUAAUUGUUUUAACAGUAGCCACUUAGUAUAGGGAAGUAGUCGUUUUUUAACGCCGGUGUUCACCCUAGUUAGAUUAGGAAAGUGCGCGUAUCCAGAGCGGAAGACACCGAGGAAGAAAGAACGCCCUUAAUCGAUUUUUCGCGGACGAAUUUCAAGUAGAACGAGGGUGUCUGGGAAGUUUCGGCCACGGUGUGUUCAGUAGAAAAUCCACCAUUGAUCAUCCACGUUAGGAAUGCCGUCAGGAAAGCGUUCAGCAUUCCGAAGAUAUUGUGAGGAUUCUACUUUGGCCUUGCAAAGUAUGCGGUUUCGGAGAAGAAUCCAUUCCUGGCAGUUUUCGGCCAUGCCUGUGACGAACUAUUGAUUUUUUACGUACGACUAGACGUAGAUAUGGUGUCCCGAUUUGUACCCAGCGGGCCAGUUAAGCCGGAUGGGUUAUGUUUGUUGCCCCCGCCGCCCCAUUAUCGGCUAAUGCCACCCCAGCCACGAUCUGAUGGGUCGUUUCACAGCCAGGGUGCCCCGUAUGUAAAUCAGGCGCCGGGUCCAAAUCAGGGGCCAGGAUUGCGCGGUUUGCCACCCACUGGCCACCCCAACCAAUCAUCGACGCCACCUACCCAAGAAUUGAAAGUUCCUGGGCUCCCUGGCCAAAUUCCCCAAAUGCAAUUCGUUCAGGGACCAGUGAGAACUGCUCCAGCACCGUUCUAUCAAUCAAGAGGAACAGCAGGCCCUCACGCACAACCCCAAAGAAUGCCUAAUCAGCAGCAUCGGGCUCAGGGCCCUGCCCAAAUCUACCAACAACAGUAUCAGGUGGUUCAGCCACUGUUUAUUCAGCAGAACACGCCACUUUACUACAACAACGCUAGACACCCGAAUAAUUUGAUGGCGCAACCGCCUUACCAGACUCAGGUUUAUCCGCAACCGUUGGCUUAUCCUGCAUUUCCUCCGCCUGUAGCUGCAGCUGGACCUUCCACAUACUCGUCGUUGACUUAUCAACCGUUGGCUUAUCAGCCUGCUAGCAAUUCCAUGCCCAUACCCAGGCCUGCUGGAAAUGCGGUAGCUGCAACUGCUCCUAAUGCGGCGUCUGGAAAUAUAUCCGUAGGGAGCCAGCCAGGCCCGAUACAUAAUUCGUAUUCGAGGGCCAACAACAGCCAGAAGCGGAGGCCUUUUGCUCUAUCGAUCAUCGAUCCAUCGACUGGUCAGGAUAGGCUUGACGAAAUUUUUGAGAACGCAUCACAUCCCGCUUCCGAAGACUCUUCCGCUAGGCAAACUCCACAACCUGCCCCAGUUCUAAAUCACCAUAAGGAGAUUCAGGCAGCAUUUGCCAAGCAAGUCGCUCAAGCAAUUGAUGCAGAUGGACCGCCGCGUGCUUCAGUAGAUACUCCCAUCGCAUUAGAAACUCCUACUGUAAUUCAAGAACCGCCUAGCGAACAGUUUAAUCCGCAGCCUGUAGUCGCGCCCUCGAUGUUCGGCAUCAAAUUAUCCGCUACCACCAAGUUCGAUGUAGAAAGUAGCAAUCUGCAGUAUGAUGCCAAGGAGUUCGUGAGCACCGCCUCUAUGCCCUUCAAGGAGCCGACUCCGAUCGUAUCUGCAAACAGUGAAGCGGCCGAAGUAAUUUUGACUAAAGCGAAGGACCGCGAAAGUCCCGUCAAGAGUCGGAAGCAAGGGCCGCGCGAGCCCAAGCCUGAUUUAGAGCAAAUUUUGGAGAACUCAAAAUCCUUGAACCAGGAAGACGAACCUAAGGAUUUAGAGUGCAACAAGAUUUAUUCCAUAGUACAGGAAGACAUUGCCUCGACGCCUGAAAGCUCAGCAGCAAAUACGCAGCCCGUCGUUGAAGACCCGAUCGCUUCAGAGGAUAAGGAACAGACCGUUUUCGUUGGCGGUUUAAACGACCAGAAAAACGCGUCGAAGAAUCCCGCGGUGGUUGAACCAAAGAGUCCGGAACUCGAGGUUCAGCCUACAUCUGUUCCUGCUGAAGCCGCUGCUUCGGGUAAUGGAAAAUCGAAGCAUUUCCGUAAUAAGCAAAUUCAAAAUGGAAAGGCUCAUGCUGCACCGGCGCCACCAGCUGCACCAGUGCAAGUACCUGUGCCACAGCCGCCUAAGUCCAAUAAUAAGUCGAGUAAGACGAAAGAUAUUAACUUGAAGGGAGCCAACAAAGAAGGCACCGAUAUGGAUGCAUUUAACGAGAACAAUGACCAACUGCACCUAGCAGAAGUUAAUUCUGAUGCGAAAACCGACAAUGGCAGUAAUGUUAACUUAUCCAACGAUAAACUUCAGAAGUUCAAAUCUGAGAAGGAAGCAGAAAAAGUGCCACCGACGGCCGUGAAAACCGAUCAGAUUAUCGAUUUGGUAAAUGCCAAUCCAAUUCAACAGACUGGGCCACCAAAAGUUGUGCCCAAACCAUCAGUCGAAACGGAUGAGAAAGAAUUUCGCCCAUGUCUCCAAAAUGAGAAAGAUGCAAAUGAAAAUGUCACAAUCAAGGUGGAGUCACAAGUCUCCCAAAAUGCUCCUUUGAGCGCCCCUGCCACUGCACCCGCACCAGCACCUGCUCCAGUAGCUGCCCCUGUCCCAGCCGGUUUAUUUAGUUCCGUCGGAACGCAACAAUUAAAUAAGCCUAGUGGGUUAUUAGCUACGUCAAAACCGUCUGCUAACAAAGUCUUCGAUGUUACUAGCAUUAUCAAGGAUGUACCUAAGCCGCCAAUGAUUUUCCCGAUUGGCGACAAAAAGGACGAAGCUCGUUUGUCAGCAAUCAGGACGGCUGACGGUGGGCGAGGCGCUACUAUCAAUCCGAUGAUUGACAAUUACGGCUCGCUGAAGACUGAUUCUUCUUCAUUGAUUCCAAAAAUUGUCUAUAAGCCAGGGCAAUGGGCUCCAAAUCAUCUUGAUGGCCUCAAGGUGUACGAUCGGGAAUUUUUGUGGUCCAUAAAAAGUCUUCCUGCCAGCAAUGUAAAGCCCGACGACCUCCCCGAUUAUAUUCUCUCCGACGAACGGAAUCGUCAGAUCGAUAGUCGUCUUUCGAUGCCGAGUCGUUCGGAUCACAUGCCGUCAUUCAACAAUUAUGUGGGAAAGUCCGGCUCUCAAAGAGGGACUGUGAACAAGCGCGGUAGUCAGUCUGGAAAAAUGGGAAGCAGAGGCGGAGAUAAAAUCGGGAUGGGGGGCAAACCUGGACCGAAAGUAUCAAUAUCGCUUCGUGGCGAUGUAAAACUGAACCAAUCUGAAAACGCCUGGAAACCCACUAGGCUCAAUAAGGUUGGCGAUGCCACGAGUGAGGAGGACAUUAAAACGACGGCUUUAAUGAAGAAGUUCCGUUCUAUAUUGAACAAACUCACACCACAGAGGUUUGCUACUCUAGUGAGACAAGUGACUGAGCUGGACAUUGAUACUAAAGACCGAAUGAAGGGCGUAAUUAAUUUAACAUUUGAGAAAGCUGUUGAUGAACCCAAUUUUGCGCGCUCGUACGCAAUGCUGUGCAGCGAGAUCCAGAACAUGCAUGUGGUUUCCGAUCAGAAGGCCGUUGUCUUUCGGGGUGUGCUGAUCAAUCGGUGUCAACUUGAGUUUGAAAAACAUACCAUCGAUGAGAAAAUCAGAAAUGCAAAGGUGGAGGAAAUCGAUCAGACCACCGACUUAGAGAAAAAGAAGGAACUCGAAUUCGAACUUGAGGAGUAUGACAGGCGACUUCGUAUGAAAUCAGUCGGAACCAUGCGUUUUAUUGGGGAGCUAUUUAAGCAAAGUAUGUUAACGGUUAACAUUAUGAGACGUUGCUUGGAAAGUCUUCUGUCACAUAAAAGUGAAGAAAGCUUAGAGUGCCUUUGCAAGCUGCUGUCCACAAUCGGCAAGGAGCUGGAAGCAUCCUCAUGCUCGCUCAUCGACAUAAUUAACGAGAUGAAAAAAAUCGCUGAUGGCAAACGGCAACAGAUCAGCAGCAGAAUACGUUUUAUGCUGCAAGAUGUGAUUGAGUUGAGAGAUUCGAAAUGGGUUCCAAGGAGAGGAGACACCAAUCCAAAAACUAUCGACCAGAUUCAAAGAGAAGCUGAAAAGGAGCAAAUGAACAUCCAGGUGAUUAAUAACUCGAAUCCGCCACGCAGAGACGAUCGUGGUGGAAGCAUGAGAAGCGAUAGAGGCGGCAACAGAUCGAAAAUGUCUGAUGAAGGCUGGAGUUCGGUGACGAAGGGUAAUCGAUCGUUUACGAUUCAGCCGUCCAAAAUGAGAGCGCCCAAGCUGUCUACUGAUGAACGGCUGGGAUCUAGCCAUAUGUUUGGCGCCUUUGUUAAGGGUGCCGGUUCGUCAACGGGGUCUCAAUUCAAUUCCAACUUUGGAGGUAAUAGAUACGACGUGUUGCAACACAACACCGAUUGGAUGGACAAACAGUCUUUACAAUCGAGAAACAAAGACCCAUACCCAGGCUCCAAAGGGUCCAGUAUGGAGAGAAACACCUACAAAGGGGUGUACGAGGGCAGAGGCUCGCAACAGCGCGACUCUAACAUUCCCGUAUGGGGUAUGGGACCUCCAAAUCCAGCGCCUCCUGUUGCGGCCUCUGCGGCCCCGCAACCCGCUCCAGCAGCGCCACUGGCACCAGCUCCAGUAAUUACCCUUGAAGUAGACGAGGAAUUCUUCCGGGAACAUCUAAAGGUUGCCAUAGAUGAAGCUCUCUCCGUCUCUUGCACAUCACUCGAAUUCUAUGAAGAUGUAAAACGGCAUUGUCUUCCAAAGGAUUAUCCCAAUGUGAUUUACCAAUGUUAUAACUACACUUUGGAGAUAUCUCUGGCCUGCAGAAUGAAAACUGGCGAACUUAUGGCAACUCUGAUCAGUGCUGGGAAAAUGACUCUCGAGGACUUUUUUAAAGGGUUUGGAGAACUGCUAGGAUUAUGGGAAGAUUUGAUCAUUGAUGUACCACAAAUUUGGCAAUAUUUGGCUGAGGAUCUAGUUUGCUUGGUUCUGCGCGAAGUAUUGACAAUCCAGUCUCUUAAGAAGCUUCUUGAGAUUUUAAUUGAAAGGAAUGUGUCAAUAAAGCUGUUGAAACCUUUGUUUGCGUUAGUGGUGAAGGAGAAGGGGCCAAACUUCCUUCACAAGAUUUUCCUACAAUCGGGACUCAAGUUGUCCGACUUUAUGCAGGAGUCUGAUGUGGGGCCUUUUGUUCAACAGAACAAUCUGGAGUUCCUUAUUGGCGGUGGUGCGCCAGUGGGGGAAAGUAUUAUAUCAAGCGACGCCAUCAAGAACAAAUUAGCGGAAUUCUUCCAGAGAAAGGCGUCAUUUGAUGAGAUUGUUAACUGGAUAUCGGCAAAUGUUGGCGAUCACGUAAAAGACUUUGAAUUCACCCGAGCCUUAGCAGGUGCUAUUUUUGAAGACUCGAUACCAAAAAAUAAGCUGCAACCCGAGGUGCUGACCGGUCACGGAAAACUGUUGCAGAAAUACGUCGAUAACGAUACCACUUACGAGCUGCAGUGUUUAUACGUUUUACAAUCGUUAGUCCACAAGUUGGAGCAUCCAUCAGGUCUUUUGUUGUCUAUAUGUGAUAAAUUGUACGAGGAUUCGACUUUCUGUCAGGAGAGUUUUAUCGCUUGGGAGAAGAGCACAGAUCCCGCUGAACAGGAAGGAAAAGGCGUUGCAUUGAAGCAACUAACGUCGUUCUUUACAAGACUGAAGGAAAACGAAGAGGACGAUGAUUCCUCCUCACAUUCCGAAGACGCUUAACAGUUCUAUCAAGUGAUUGUGAGGAAUCCCAAAGACUUAAAAAAUUAUAGUGAACCAGUGAACUUUUCCAAGUCAGUGGGUGAACUUUAGCACUUGGGUGGGGACGACUAAAUUGCAGAAAAAUAGUCGUACUCGUGUAUCUACUCUUUUUUAAAUUAAAACCGAAGUGGAUGUUCGAGUGGGGGGAGUGGUUGUGGAUUUGUGUAUAUAUGAACUUUUUAAUCCGUAUAAAUUAAUUAAAUAUGCAUGUAAUUUGAAGAAACUAUAAGUUACAUGUGUUUUUAAUUUUUUCAACUCUUGGAGAUUAGGCUCAGUGGUUUCAGCCACGUACACUUUUACAGUACAUUUUACGUACACAAUUACGUAUUUAUUAAUAAUUAUAUUUUGUAUUCAUAUAUAUGUAUAUUUUAUUCUGAUUAGAUACAUUUUUGAGUGGUCGUGCUUUACUAAUAACAGUGGGCUCUAUUAAAAAAGCACGACCCUUUGAAAAUGUUUCUACUGCGGAGCUGUCUGCUGAGCCCCUCAGGGUUAAAAUGUUUAGACUGUACAUUUUAUUUUGUGUUAAUAUUUUGUUAUUUUAUUGUUAAGUUGUAUAUUAAUAUAUAAUUAUCUGUAUAGUAAAUUGCACAGAACAAUAGGUAAUCAAAUUGUAAAGAAAAAAGAACGCCGACGAUCUAUUGUAACUAGUCACAGUUGUAAUUUUUUGACUGGUAUUGUACAUACGGACUAAAAAUAACAAAAAAAACCCCUGUAUUUAUAAAAACAUACCUUUUCCACCAAUGCAACACAUGAUUAAUUGAACUAAUACAACAUGGUUGAAUUAUUCAUAUUUUGCAUGCCACAGUUUUAUUAAUACAGGGCCAAUUCCAUUGCUGCAUAUAUAAACACAUUAUUUUGAGGGUUGGUUGGUAAAAUACGAACUUUUUUUAUGUAAAUCCUGAAACAUGCAGAAUGUGUUUAUUUUUUCUUUAUCUUAAUUUGUGUUUAUAAAAGUGAUUACAUAAAAAGAUGCCACCAA